UCGAGGCCCAAACAAACCGUCGUACACAAAUGUUGCCGUUAACCAUGAAUGGAUAUUUUAUGAGGAUUAAUGCAGUAUUUUGAGAGUGACAAUGAUCUCGGUGAGCUAUAUUCUGUUGUGCGGACAGUUCCUGCUGCUUCUGACGGUGAUUCUGUUACAAUGCCUGGAAGGAAUUCACUCCCAAAACUCUUCGACAACGGAGACUCCUGCUGCUUCUCCCGGCCAGAGAGCUACCGCGUUCCCGUUCAGCGAGCAGCCGCCCGAAAUUGUGAAAUAUGAAACUACGGUGGAAAUGAUGAACGAUACAGAGGGGUUUGACUAUAGACCUCCGUCACCAGUCGUCCUUUGCAGUUAUCUACCGGAGGAGUUCAUCUACUGUCAAGACCCUGUGGAUCACGCAGGCAACCUCAGUGCCUACCAGGAGCUGGGCUAUGGUUGUGUCGGGUGGGGUGGCCAGACUGAGAAAGAAGUGAACCACACUCCUGUCAUGUGCACUGCACUGGAUGAUAUAGAGUGUGCUGGAUCCAGAGAAUUCCUCAGAGGGAGGGUACCCUGCAUCAAAUACACUGGCCACUACUUCAUCACCACACUGCUCUACUCCUUCUUCCUGGGAUGUUUCGGGGUCGAUCGUUUCUGCCUGGGCCACACCGGCACUGCUGUGGGGAAGCUGCUCACCCUGGGAGGCCUGGGCAUCUGGUGGUUUGUGGACUUGAUCCUGCUCAUCACUGGCGGCCUGAUGCCCAGUGAUUACAGCAACUGGUGCACCUACUACUGAGACCAACAGCAAAGGGUGACCAAGGACUGUGGCCACUUCUCAGUCAGAUAUUAUCAGUCAUCAGGGAUGUGGCCUCACCCAGUCGUGGUUAUGAAUCUGCAGGCUGCCUGAGGGUCUCCUGAGGACCCCUACAGGGUUCUUAGGGGCUCCUGAGAAAAACAAGGAAUAAUAUGAUUUGAUUCUAAUUUAAUUCACAUUUACCACCUUGAAAAUUCAUAAGAAUGGUAUACUAUACUAUAGUAUUCACAGCUUUCAGCUGAGCGACAGUGAUGAUGGAUCUUUUUAGUGUUAAAUUGUCACUAAGGUCACUUUCACGCCGUUUGGUUCAUUUAGCCCAGACCACAGAAGAAAUUAGAUAUUGUUGCCAUUUAUUUCUGGUCUGUUUGGUUUCCUCGCACUGAUUUAUUACAAACAAACCAACAUAAGUCAUAUGGACUGACAGGUAACACUGAGUGGGCCGUAUUGAUGAAUGUCAUCCGGCAUCAUCAGUGCUGCAUGGGAAAAUGAAAUCCCCAAAAUAUGACAGCACAUCUUACGUUUGCAUUUACUGUGUCGCCGCUGUUUCACUCAUUUUCUGCUGAAUAGCUGCCAAAGUACAUGGAAUAGGACACAGUUCUCCUUUAGCUAAUGUAUAUCACACUCACCAGCUUUUGAAUUCAUGCUAAAAUCACAUCUACGUUUGCUACGUUUUCACCCUCCCGUCCACACUACUCUGGCGUUUUCGAGCCCUGAAAAUGAGACUUUUGGAAACGCUGCUGGACCUAUUUUUAGUUUGAAAACUCUGGGGUUGCCUUGACGUCUGGACGGGUGAAAACGGAGACCAUUGCAAACACACCCACUGAUUGGGUCUUAUCAGCCUCGACUACCAGUGGUGAAUACAGCAUGAUAAUGAAUUACAAGUGUUACUGACUUUGUUGUCUUUGCUAGCAGCUGUUGAGGAGUUAAAUUCUGCAUUUUACCACUGCAGCUGUCUUUGCUGUUCCUCGUUCAUAGUACUUUUUGCAACCAAUCAACUGCAGAGUAGACGAUCUGCUUCCUGUUUGCACCAGCUCUUAAUCUAUAUAAGCAGUGUAUAUAAUAUACAAGAUAAUUUCUUCAAUUAAAAGUGAGUGAGAUAUUUGAAACAUCUGUACACUAACUACCCCUCCAUGUUAAUGUGUCGCUGCAUUUCUAGUUGUUUGUCACUACGUGAGUCAGAAAAGGUCCAGUUAGUGAACACUGGUAAUGAAAAUCAGUUUUCUCUCUGAGCUCUUUGUGACACCAAAGAACAUAAAUGAACCUGUGGUUCAGUAAAGUGCCGCAUUAUUUGUCGUCAGUUUUCCCCACGUGGGUCCAACUGUCCAAUCACUAAGUUACCACUCAGUUCACGUGACUUCAUGGUUACUCCUCUUGGUUUAUUUGUAAUAAGUGUGAACACGAGCUGAACCAGAACUAACAGACAACAAUCCGACUUUUUUUUCUUUUUCAUGGUUCAGAGCAAAUGAUCCGAACUACAGCCAUGGAGCGUUCUCACAGUGAAAAGUCAAGCACAUCCAGGUCUGUGGUCCUGGUUUGGGAAUUAGCCUUCACAUCCUGGGAAGUUUCGGGUCUGAUAAAUGAUAGAAAAUCCAAUUCAGUCUUGACGCAUCACAUUUUCUCUUGCGGCAGAAAUCCUCUUAUUUCACACUGUUCACACAGUGUAGAGCGAUACAGUCUGGUUGACGGUCACUGUUCACAUACAUGAUUUUACAUAUUGAUCAAAGAAUCCUCAAUUCGAGUUCAACUAGAUUCAGCCGUUUCCUGAGGGCCGCAUCCUACACUGAGUUAUUACAAAGUUAUCAUUCCUUUUCCUUCUUCAGAUUACCAACUCGCCCGGCUUUGACCCUUCACUGUCCUCUGCUGCUGGAGGCGUUCUGAAUUCUGUAUUUUCUCUGCUGCUUCACUUUGUUCCAACUGUGCUUUAGAUUGAUUAACAUUACAGCCGCAAGCAAGUAUGAACACAGAUCUACAGAUGGAUAGUGAUCACAUAAGUCACAUUGAUGAGGUGGUGAUUUAGUAGUUGUCAGCAUCGGGCUAAGGGAGGUGUUUUGAGACAGGGCGAGCAGUAAAUUCCUUUACCUCGGGGAGAAAAAAACUACAUCUGAGCUUUGUGGGCGCGUUUCCCUUCUUUGUAUUCCGGUGAGCCCGGUGCCCGACCACAUGUCUCAAACUAAAACAAAUUCAGAUUUUCAUUGGCUUUAUCCAGCUAAGCUCAGGUCUCGCAUUAAAUAUUCAAAUCUUCAUCUUCCGCUUUGUUAAAUUCCUCGUCUUUACUUGAACUGAAGGUUUAUGUGCUCUGUCAUAGAGAGAGCAGAGUUUCAUUACCUAAGGAUUCAUAAAAACCCCUUUAGGUCUGGUGAUAAAAGGUUAAAGAAGACAUGAGAGUCAACUGUUCUCAUCCCGCAGUAGCAGCAGCAAUAUGCUUUUAGCAGGCUAUAUAUUUUCUGGUGGCUCAACAUCUUUUGUAGAGGGAAGCAUUGAAACACGGCUUUACAUAUUAUUGUUCUGCUAAUUCACAAAAUGGAAAUGUAUCUGCUGUCUUACACUCCCGUAACAAACAUCCAUGUGCAAGGUGUUCUCUUUAAUCUGAAUGUAUUUUUUUCUUUUGCUGUAAUUCCUUCUUCAGCCUAAACCAGAAUUGUGCAGAAUCGGCCUACGAUGACUAUAUAACACGCUGUGUUAAUGCCUGUUUCUAAACUGUAAUGUUCUGGCUUUGUAAGAUACUGUAUAUAAUAUCGAUCUGCCACAGCAGAAGCUUGAUUUUAUAUUCUUUAGCUUUAAUCCACUGUUCUAUUUAUUUAUUUGUUUUGUAUGCUGUUGAGUCAGAUUUGUUCCUGGGAGCGUUAGAGGAAUAUAUUUCUUUGAGUCUAUUAUGUUUAUUUGACAAUGUUUGUUUUGCAAAUAAAAUUCUUAGUUGACAUGUUUCUCCGGGAAUAAAAAAGAAGGAAGUCUUUGCUGUGCUCUUCAACUUUUUAAUCAAAGCUACACGUGUUACAAUGGUGAGAAGGAAUCCAAAGUGUCUCGUGUAUUUAUAAGUGUUCACAGUCAUUAAAUAAAAAGUACCUGGAA